AUGAGUGAAAGAAAUGAUGAAGAAAAUAAUUUAAAUAAAUUAAGUCUUUUAAGUGAUGAUCAAGAAAAUGAUAUAAAUAAUGAAAGUGUGAAUUUUUCAACGGAAAAUAUAUUAGAAAAUUAUGAUGAGAUUAAUAUAAAUUCUGAUGGAAAAGGAAUGUCUGAUAGUAUAAAAAAUAAAUUAGUUCAUAAAAAUGUAUCUUUAAAAAUACAUAAUAUAAUAUCAUCAGCUAAUUUAUGUUUAGAAAUAGAUUUACGUUUGAUAGCCGUAUCUAUUAGAAACGCAGAAUAUAAUCCAAGUAAAAUUAACACUCUUAUAAUAAGAUUGAAUAAACCUAAAUGUACAGCUUUAAUUUUUAAAAAUGGAAGAAUAAUGUUAACAGGAACAAAAACAAAAAAUGAUUCUAUAUAUGGAUGUAAAAAAAUAGGAAAAAUUAUAAAAAUAAUAACUAAUAAAUCUGUAAAAUUUCAAAAUUUUAAGAUAGAAAAUAUAAUUGCUAGUGCUAAUUGUAAUAUGCCUAUAAGACUAGAAAUGUUAGCUCAUGAUCACAAAGAAUAUUGUAAUUAUGAACCUGAAUUAUUUGCAGGAUUAGUAUAUAGAUAUAAACCUACAUCAAAAUUAAAAUCAGUUAUUUUAAUUUUUGUUUCAGGAAAAAUUAUUAUUACUGGAUGUAAAUCCAUCCAAAAACUAAAUACCGUUUUUCAAGAUAUAUAUAAUGUUCUAAUUCAAUAUAAAAAUUGA